AUGGCACACCAAGCACACGCAUAUCACAUAGUUGACCCAAGCCCAUGACCCCUAACAGGCGCAGUAGCCGCCCUACUAAUAACAUCAGGAACAGCCAUAUGAUUCCACUUCCAAUCAACUACCCUUAUAACAAUAGGAACAAUUCUACUUUUACUUACUAUAUACCAAUGAUGACGAGACAUUGUACGAGAAGGGACUUUCCAAGGACACCAUACACCGCCAGUACAAAAAGGAUUACGAUACGGAAUAAUCCUAUUUAUUACCUCAGAAGUAUUCUUUUUCCUAGGGUUCUUCUGAGCUUUUUACCACUCAAGCCUAGCCCCAACCCCAGAACUAGGGGGAUGCUGACCCCCAACUGGUAUCAUUACUCUAGACCCAUUUGAAGUGCCCCUACUAAACACAGCCGUUCUACUCGCCUCAGGCGUCACAGUCACAUGAGCACACCACAGCAUUAUAGAGGGAGAACGAAAACAAACCAUCCAAUCCCUAACUCUCACAAUCAUUCUAGGUUUUUAUUUUACAUUCCUACAAGGCAUGGAAUAUUAUGAAGCCCCUUUUACCAUCGCAGACGGAGUUUAUGGCUCAACAUUCUUCGUGGCCACCGGAUUCCACGGCCUACAUGUCAUUAUUGGUUCUACCUUCUUAACAGUGUGCCUUUUGCGCCAAAUCAAAUAUCACUUUACUUCAGAACAUCAUUUUGGAUUCGAAGCCGCCGCUUGGUACUGACAUUUCGUUGACGUAGUAUGACUAUUCCUAUAUGUCUCAAUUUAUUGAUGAGGCUCAUA